AUGAGUCAGAUUCUGGUCCCAUCUGCCCUGCUGGGUCUUGCUCCUGAGUGGGUGUUCAGACUGGAUAAUGCAGUCAGCCCCGGGACGCAGACUUUCUUCUGCGGUGUCAUCUGUCUUCCCACCCAGCAUCCCACUCACCUGGGCCAGAGUCAAGGUCUCAGCGACAUGCAACACCUCGGAGCCAAAGAUAUACCUUACAAGCCCAUCGUUGACUACAUCGACACUCAGUUUGAAAAUUAUCUGCAGGAAGAGCUGAAGAUCAAACGCUCGCUGUUUAACUACCACGACACCAGGAUCCACAUCUGCCUAUAUUUCAUCGCCCCAACAGGACACUCCCUCAAGUCCCUGGACCUCGUCACUAUGAAAAAAUUGGACAGCAAGGUGAACAUCAUACCGAUCAUCGCCAAAGCAGACACCAUUUCCAAGAGUGAGCUCAACAAAUUUAAGAUAAAGAUUAUGAGCGAGCUGGUCAGCAACGGGGUCCAAAUUUAUCAAUUCCCAACAGACGACGAAGCCGUCAGUGAGAUCAACGCCUCCAUGAACGCCCUUCUGCCCUUUGCUGUGGUUGGGAGCGUGGAAGAGGUCAAAGUGGGGAACAAAACCGUGAGGGCCAGACAGUACCCCUGGGGUAUCGUGCAAGUCGAGAACGAGAACCACUGCGACUUUGUGAAGCUGCGAGAGAUGCUGAUCAGGGUCAACAUGGAGGAUCUGAGGGAGCAGACCCACGCCCGCCACUACGAGCUGUACCGCCGCUGCAAGCUGGAGGAGAUGGGCUUCAAAGAUACAGACCCCGACAGCCAGCCGUUCAGUCUUCAAGAGACGUACGAGGCCAAGAGGAAAGAGUUCUUGGGGGACCUGCAGCGUAAAGAGGAAGAGAUGCGACAAAUGUUUGUCAACAAAGUAAAAGAGACGGAAGCAGAACUGAAAGAAAAGGAGAGAGAGCUGCAUGACAAGUUUGAGCAGCUGAAGCGGAUGCACCAGGAGGAGAAGAGGAAGGUGGAGGAGAAGCGGAGAGACCUGGAGGAGGAGAUGAACGGCUUCAACAGGAAGAAGGUGGCCGCCGAGACGCUCGCCUUGUCUCAGCCGCUCAAGAAGGACAAGGACAAGAAGAAGUUGGUAAAUACGGAGAACCAAUCGGGCGUGAGCACCUCCAACUCCAAGGUGAUGAUGGCCAAGGCCAACGUGGAGCCCUUGAACUGCCAGAGCUGGUGGCAGGCCAUACAGUGCUGCACCUGCCUGGUCCACAACGCCGCCUGGAGCCCCGCAGGCCUCUUCUGAAGCCCCGGCCCCGCGGCAGGCGACCCGGGGUCCGAGGCGGAACCCAGCCCGAUGGACGGAGCGAGGUGAGGGUGGCCGGAGACGAGCAGG